AUGAAGGACCCCAACCAUUACCGGCUGACUCACCCCUGCUGGCAGCCAGGCAGCAGUACCUGCAGCCCCGUACCACGGAGCUGGGUGUAUGGAAGCCCCACGCGCCCGCAGGCUGGCCCUGGGCCCGUGGAGAGGUCCCAGCCCCCGCCGCCCGCGCGCGGACGACCGGCGGAGGAGGGGCCCCUCUUUCCGGGAGCGCCUGGCGGAUGUGAGCCCCCUGGGAAAGCGCCGGCCAGAAAUAGUUCCUCCGGCCUGGGACAGAGCUGCCCCACCCCAGCCCCUGCAACUCAGCGGGGCCGUCGGCGGCCGGGGCAAGGCCAGGAGCCCCGCACUCCGCGCCAGCCAGGCCCGGGGAGGCAGCCGCGCGUCACCGCGGUGAAGCCGCCGCCCCUGCCCGGGCGAGCCGACGGCGCGCCCACUUGCACCCAGGCGGAGGGAAGGGCACCGAUGUCCAGAGACAAUGACCAAGGUGCUCAGAUGGGGCCGAAGGGGCCGCUAGGCCUGUGCGAAGACCCAGGAGGCGCCUCGCCCCCCGGCCCGGGUGCGCCUCCGCCCACCCGGCUCCCCGGUGUCCGGCUCCCUCCGGAAAGGGCCGGUGCGCGCUGCUGCCGGGUCGGCGGACCGGGCCUCCCAGCCCUCCCUCCUGGCGCCUGCAGCCGGGCCUCGCGGUCCAGACCGCCCACGGCCCCGGGACACCGGGCCCCUCCCGGCCCGCCUGGCCAGGCGGCAGACUCACCGGCCACGCGUCCGAGUCCCGCCGGGCGGCGACGGGGGCGGGGGCGGGGUUGCGGGGGGCGGCGGGGGAGGAGGCGGCUCGGAGCGCGGAGACUGCAAGCCGGUUCGGGCCCUGCGAGUGCGACGCGCCCCGCCCACGACGCGCAGGCCCCGCCCACGGCGGCGGGCGCGGGGCAGGUCCCAACAGUGUGCCGCUGCGAAGGGCGGUGCGGCGGGCACUUCAGCCGGUGCCGGCGCCGGCGCUAG